GCCUUCCACCUUUGAGGCCGUAACACCAACUAACCCCGUUAAUUUUCCGCUCACUCAGAAAGAAGAAGGUCGCUGCCGUCAACGGCAGCCGGGUCAACCCGUUCACCGUUCCGUACCACGGUAAUCCGUUGCUAUUUGGGAAGCUUCAGCAAACACGAUUGUCUCUUGAGCUCCGAGAGGCGGAGAAGUACUCGAGGCAAAGAAGAAAGGGGAGAAAAUGGCGGGAAAGGUUUCGAAUUUCUCGGAUCUAAUUCAACGAAUGGCGGCUUCUUGCUUGCUCCACCCACUCGCCGCCGGGCGCCACGAUUCCUGCGAUUCCCCCGUGCAUCGACACACCGGCGACGAGGACGACGAAUUGUACGAGCACGAGACCGGCGAUGAGCAUGACGAGGACGAUGGAGAUGAGGAAGACGAAGACAAUGAAGUGAUCGACGGUGGUGGUUUAGGGUUUAAGGCUGGGGAGGAUCGGGGGUCGACGAAGACGAAUAAGGAGGUUGUGGAGAUGGAGAUGGCAAUGCGGGAGGUUUUCGACGCCGUUGGGGCGAUAAAGAAGGCGUACGUCAGCCUCCAGGAGGCCCACAUCCCGUGGGACCCGGAGAAGCUCAGGGUGGCUGACGCUGCCGUGGUCGGUGAGCUGAGAAAAAUCGGGGUGAUGAGAGAGAGGUUUCGAAGAAGGCAUUUUACCGGCGGGGGAGAGCGAGUGAUGGCGGGGAGUACGUUGAGAGAGGUGGUGGCGCCGUACGAAGCGGCAGUGGACGAGCUGAAGAGAGAGGUGAAGUGCAGAGAGGUCGAGAUCCAGAACCUCAAGGAGAAGCUAAACGGCGUCGCUAACGUGUCCCACUCGAAGAAGGGCAGGUCCGUGUCCAGAAGAAAAGUCGGUUCCAUAGGUCUGACUGAAGUUGCAGCGGCUCCAGCGCCGGAGCUGUUCGAGGCGACGAUGAGCCAGGUGAGAGAGGCAUCCAAGUCUUUCACGUCGCUCCUCCUCUCCCUAAUGCGCGCAGCCCACUGGGACAUCGCCGCCGCAGUCCGGUCAAUUGAAGCCGCCACCGCGACCACCGUCGGGACCAACACGACGUCUUCGACCAUCGGUACCCAGAACGGCGACGCCAAGUACGCGCUGCAGUCCUACAUUUCGCGGAAGCUCUUCCAGGGAUUCGAUCACGAGACGUUCUACAUGGACGGCAGCCUCUCGUCGCUGCUCAACCCGGACCAGCACCGCCGCGACUGUUUCGCCCGGUACCGCGACUUCAAGGCCAUGGACCCCACCGAGCUGCUCGGGAUUCUGCCCACGUGUCAGUUCGGGAAGUUCUGCUCCGCCAAGUACCUGGCCGUCGUCCAUCCGAAGAUGGAGGAGUCGUUGUUUGGGCACUUGGAGCAGCGACGACAUGUCGUAGAAGGGGGGCACCCGAGGAGCGAGUUUUACGGGGAGUUUUUGGGGCUGGCGAAGGCGGUGUGGCUGCUGCACUUGCUGGCUUUUUCGCUUGACCCGCCGCCGAGUCAGUUCGAGGCGAGUCGAGGAGCGGAGUUUCAGCCGGGUUAUAUGGAGAGUGUUGUGAGGUUUGCGGGCGGGCGAGUUCCGAUGGGUCAGAUUGUCGGGUUUCCGGUUUUUCCCGGGUUUAAGCUUGGGAAUGGGUCGGUUAUUAAGGCCCGGGUUUAUCUGGUAAAUAGGAAUUAGAGGGGUUUAUGCGGUGGGUUUGCUAGUGAGUAGUCUGAAUAAUGUUACUAGACUUGUAGGCCUCCUAUACUUUUGAGGAUAAUUUUUUAGAAUAUGGAACAUUGGGCGCACCGCCAGUAUUUCGGGCACACUAAAAUUUCUUAGUUUUGAGAGUGUAAACGUUAUUGCACUGUUUAAUUUAAACAAUAAAUCUCUCAUUAAAUUAGAAAUGGUUUAGCCCCCUUGAUCA